GGGAUUGGCAGGAAAGGCGGGUCUUGCCUUCGUGUCCCAGACACCGAGAGUCCUGGAUUCCUCCUAGGUGGCCCGGAAGGUUCUGCGCAAGCGUGGGCCUACGGAGUUUCCAAGUUCCAGUGGGCUAUGCAGCCUAGGGGACCGCAGAGUCGCCCUCGGGGUCCGUCCGUGAUAUUCGUGCACCCAGACUUUGGCGUAGGCGGCGCGGAGCGGCUGGUGCUGGACGCGGCGUUGGCAUUGCAGUCUCGCGGCUGCCGCGUCCAGGUGUGGACGGCGCACUAUGACCCAGGCCACUGCUUCUCUGAAAGCCGCCAGCUGCAGGUGCACUGCGCAGGAGACUGGCUGCCCCGCAGCCUGGGCUGGGGCGGGCGCGGCGCCGCCCUGUGUGCCUACCUGCGCAUGGUCUACCUGGCGCUCUACAUCCUGCUACUGAGCGGCGAGGAGAUAGACGUGAUCGUGUGUGACCAGGUAUCCGCUUGUAUUCCAGUGUUUAGACUGGCCAGACACCGGAAGAAGAUACUGUUUUACUGUCAUUUUCCUGAUUUACUUCUCACUCAGAGAAAUUCUUUUCUUAAACGACUCUAUAGAGCUCCCAUUGAUUGGGUGGAAGAGUAUACUACUGGCAUGGCAGACUGCAUUGUGGUCAACAGCUGCUUCACUGCAAAUGUUUUUAAAAAUACCUUCAAGUCCCUGGCACACAUAAAUCCGGAUGUCCUCUAUCCUUCUUUGAAUGUCAGCAGCUUUGACAACACAGUGCCUUCAGAUCUUGAAAAUUUAAUUCCCAAAGGAAAGAAGUUUGUGUUUCUUUCAAUCAACAGGUAUGAAAGGAAGAAAAAUCUAACUCUAGCUUUAGAAGCAUUACUUGAACUCCGUGGGAGAUUAGAUCUUCUGGAAUGGGAAAAGGUUCAUCUAAUAAUGGCUGGUGGCUAUGAUGAACGCGUCCUGGAAAAUGUAGAGUACUAUGAAGAACUGAAGAACUCAGCCAACCAAUUUAACCUUAGCCACCAUGUUACAUUCCUGAAAUCUUUUUCUGACAUACAGAAAAUCUCUCUUCUCCAUAAUUGUACUUGUGUGCUUUACACACCAAGCAAUGAGCAUUUUGGCAUAGUUCCUCUGGAAGCCAUGUAUAUGCAAUGUCCUGUCAUUGCAGUCAAUUCAGGUGGACCUCUGGAAUCUAUUGUAGAUAAUGUAACAGGGUUUUUAUGUGAACCUGACCCAACACAAUUUUCUAAAGCAAUGGAAAAAUUUAUUAGAAAUCCUUCCUUAAAAACAACAAUGGGACUAGCAGGAAGAUCCAGAGUAAAGGAAAAAUUUUCAUUAGAUGCUUUCACAAAUCAACUAUACCAAUACAUAAGUAAAUUGGCAGAAUAAUUAGGCCCUUUUAAAACCUCUUCUAGAGGCAGGUAGGUGAUACAGAGGUUUUAAGUGCUGGAUUUGGAGACAGGCAAGUUUGAGUUUGAAUCUUGCCUUAGCCACAUACUAGUUAUGUAACCAUAAGCAACUCAUGUAACCUCUUCCUCAGUUUUGUCAUUUGUUAAAUAGAGAUAAUAACAGCACCUACCUCAUUGGGUUGUUGAGGAUCAAAUGUAAUAGUGCUUUGCAAAUAUUAAACUAUAUAAAUGCUAGCUAUUAUUAGAUUGACUAAAUUAAUUGACCUGGUUUGAUUCAGUCAUACUGUCAAAAAAAAAAAGCACUCCAAAAUAUAUCUGGUACAGAAUGGGUUCAUCAUGUAUUGAAAAUAAUAGGCUUAAUUCUAAGCCUCUUCAUCCUGUAAAUAUUUUUAAAAUUAAAAAAAAAAACUUAUCACUGUCUUUAAAACAUUAAGAUAAAAUCUGAAAAAAAAUUUCAUAAUAUUCUAUCCAUGCACAUUUCACAAUUCAUAUACACUUAAGCUAAACAAAGUCAUGUGUAUUAUAUUUUAACUAGAGAAUCUGUGGUUUUCAUUUCUUUUAACUGUAAUUAGACCAGUGUGUGAGAUUAAAUCUUAAGUCAUAAAAUAUCAGCACUACUAGUUAGCAUUUCUCCAUUAAAACUACUUGGUCAGUUUUAUAUGGUUUGCCAUACUUAUGAAAAAAUGUAUUUAUUUUUUUAAAAGAUCAAUUAUCACAUUUUUGUACACUAUUUUUGCUUGCCAAAAAGUGGAAGCAAAUAUGUGUGAAGAAACAAAUACAAUAGUAUUUUGGAAGCAUUUUUAUUUUUUAAUUCUGGGCUAUAUUUUUCAGUAUUGCUAUUGGGGAAAACAUCUUGGUACCAGAGCUUAAAGUGACAAAAUUUAAGUCAUAAAAGAGAUAUCUGCAGUAUAAUCUACAAUCUCUUUCACUUUUUUUUACAUGUGUAACAAAGUAUAUCAAAAGAUGAAAAAUAAAUAUGCAUUGUUUUCUACAAAGGCAUUCAGGUAGAAAAGGAAAAUUAGGAAGAAAAAUUAUAUCUCAGUAAAAAAAAAAAUUAGUUCAGAAGUAUUUUGUACCUAUUAUGUGCAAAGCACUUUAUGGUGUGAGAGUAAGUAUAUCAGCAGACCUGUGAUCUUAUCUUUGUGGAAUACUUCAUCCAGUAGGUAGAUCACAACCCAGCCAUAAUCCAUUUAUCCUGUUUGAUUCUUAUACAUCUUUCUGUAAAUUGAGGCUCCACCCAAUGCUCUAGAAGCCUUUCUAUGGACCUUUUUAAUAUCUCUUGGGUACCAAUGCAACACAUUUUUUAAAAUUUUGUCACAUGAUCAGUUAACCUUUUCUAGUCCAGCAUGCCCUUGGUGUGACUAUGACAUUUAUCAGAUACUGUUAUUCAUGAUAAUAUUGCAACCUGUUUCCACUUACCAUGAAUUAUUCUAUUCCUUACUCUUGUGAUGCUGGCAUACUAUGAUGAUAUCUAAAAAAAUCACUGGAAAGAAAAACAGUACUGAAAAAAAAGUGGUUUUUUUUUUGUGUGGUAACAAAUAGUUUAGGAUUGUUGAAAUUACAUUGCAUUCCCUCCCUCCCCCCCCCCCAAUAAGAUGUGGUCUGAUAACCUGCUCAAUUCUGAAGUCAGCCCUUUUUCCUAGAAAAGCAUACUGAUAAAUUAACAAAAGAGGACUUCAUGAUAUGGUGUUUAGCCCACUAGAUUUAUAAUCAGUUUAUUAUAAUUUAUAAUAAACCCUGAGCUGAAAUCCUGCUUUAGUUGCCAGUUUUGUAAUCCUCAUAAAGUCUCUUAAGAUCUCUUGGACUCAAUGAGCUUUGAUGUCCCUAUUGUGUCUGAAUCUUACAUUGAGUUGCCCUUCCAAAUUCAUGUCAUAAUUUAGGCAAAAUUCUGAAUUUAUUUUGUUUUUCUAAUGAAAGUGACCAGAGUAAUCUCCCUUGA